AAUAUCGAUGACCGCACCAUUCGAUAUGCUGCUAUCGUUCGGUUGUCAGCUCUAACAGUUGAUGGGGUUUGUUCGUAUUUGUUGCGUUGUUUUCACGUGGACCAAGAGAACAUUCAUUAAAAAAAUCUUCAAUAAUGGCUGAACUAAUGCACGGAGCGUCUUUAUUAUCGAGGCCAGCCGAUGAGUUCGGAAAUGAUGGUCUGGUGGAGGAGAUGUGGGCAGUCAAGGCUAUGGAUCAUGCCGAAGUCCAUUUUAAUUUGAUAACUAGUGUUCACCCAUCCUGUCUCAGACUAACGCCCUACGAUGAUCAGAUCUACCAAACUUUUCGCCGAUUUCCAGAUUUGAAAGUCGACAUACUUUCUGAUGACAUUUUAAAAUCACCUGAAGCUAAAUUGGCUUGGCGUAACUUUGCCGAAAAAUUCAACAAACUAGAAGACUACUCUUACGGAACCUUAAUGCGGCGCCGAUGCAUCAAAGAAUUUUCCCCUGAAAAUUCCCUACUUGUAGUUCGCAUCCAAUUCUUGGCCAUUGAAAUCGCCCGCAAUAUCGAAGGUUACAAUGAUGAGGUGUAUCGUAAAUUUAGACCUGCCCCCAAAACACUGCUGACAAGUGAAAACAAUGGAAGCCAACAGCAGGAAGUUUCUCAAUGAAUAUAAUGCCACCAUUAAUGUUAGCUUCGAAAUAAGGAUAUUUUUACAAGAAAUAUUUAUGUAGCUUUUUAGACACCUGUAUAAUUUAAGUAAUACUUAUUAAAUUAAAAUGUAUGUUUCGGAUCAUCCCAACAUGAAAACAAUAGUA